AUAAUGUCCACAAAUGAGGGGUCGUCUCGGGUUUUUGGCCUGUUUUCGUCUACUACCUGCCCGCGUGCUUUCCACCACAAACCCUUCCGCAUUUUCCUACAGCGCUGGGGCUGUGACGUGUUGUGCUGACGGCGGCCUCGCAGCUUGGAGGAGCGGGCUGCUACUAGCAUGACAAGAUCAGGCUCCAGACGCUCUGCCUUGCUUUGAGUGGAGCUCCACAUACAUCCCCCGACCCCUCCUUCUCUGCUCCUCCGCGGCCCGCCCAAAUAACACCAAAUUCCCGAUUGAAUCUAGCCCGAGUCUGGGGUGGGGGGGGGGACGAAGCGGCCCUGGGAAGGCGAGGAGCGGACGGAGGCCACCCCAGCUGCAUCUGGUACGGGGCUCCUUGUUGCUCGUAAGGCUGCUUGCCGUGCGAGCUCUCCUGUAACAAAUGCAGUACGAGGACAAUGGAUGAGGAGGUCACCAGGCUUUCGAUACCUUCUGAAGAGCCUAAAAUAAUAUUACACGGAUCGGAUGAGGGUGGUGCUGGCGGGCAGGAGUUUGUUGUGGAACUUCAAGAGACUGUGUUGGUGUCAGAGGGCGAGGGUGAAGGCAUGGCGGUGCACAGGUUUGCUCCAGACGAGCUAGUCAUCCAGGAUGCUGUUGAGGAUGUGGUAUCUGAGUAUGUGCACUGCGAUGAAGAUGAAGAUGUCGCUGUAGAAACCUGCGUGAUGGCCUUGGACGGUGAGGAGGAAGGCGUUGCCAUGGGUGACAUCCCUGAAGAUGGCCUUGACCCCGAGCAGCAGGACGAUGACCAAGAUAGCUGUGGCGAUUAUCUAAUGAUAUCCUUGGAUGAAGCUGGUAAAAUGGUGUCUGAGGAUGGGACAGAGGUAACUGUGGAGGGAGCAGUGGAGGACCAGGAAGUGGAAAAGGACGAGGAUGGACAGGAGGUGAUAAAGGUGUACAUUUUCAAGGCUGACUCUGGGGAGGAUGACAUGGGAGAAUCAGUAGACAUCAGCGAUGGGGAUAUGGAAAAUGUGGCAUUGUCAGAGUCGGGUCAAAGACUUCGAGAAAAGAUGGUUUAUAUGUCUGUCGGCGAUUCUCAUCACCAAGGAAACCAUGGUGUGGAGGAUAGUGAGAGCUGUGAAAACCGUAAUGGAGCAGCAAGCGCGCUCCUGCACAUCGACGAAUCGGACGGUGUUGAUGAAAUAGGCCGGCAGCGCAACAAAACCAAGCGGCGGUCCGAACCACGACAAGUCCAAACAGCUAUCAUCAUCGGUCCCUAUGGUCAACCUCUGACGGUAUAUCCCUGCAUGCUUUGUGGCAAAAAGUUCAAAUCGCGAGGUUUCCUCAAGCGGCACACAAAGAAUCAUCACCAGGAGGUUCUGACCCGAAAAAAGUACCAAUGCACAGACUGUGACUUCACUACUAACAAGAAAGCCAGCCUCCACAACCACAUGGAGGUGCAUGCCCUGACCAGCAAAGCUCCCUUUGAGUGCGAAAUGUGUGGCAAGGACUUCCACCAGCAGGCGGCGCUGUUCUCCCACAGACUGCAGCACCACCACCGGGAGGCCAAAACUCAGCAGACGCCCCCGCCGCCCGCCAAGACUCACAAAUGCAAAUUCUGUGAGUAUGAAACUGCUGAGCAAGGACUGCUCAACCGACACUUGUUGGCCGUUCACAGUAAAAGCUUCCCGCACAUCUGUGUGGAAUGUGGGAAAGGUUUCCGUCACCCCUCUGAGUUGAAGAAACACAUGCGCACGCACACAGGCGAGAAGCCGUACUCCUGCAUGUACUGCGAGUACAAGUCUGCUGAUUCGUCUAACCUCAAGACUCACAUCAAGACAAAGCAUAGCAAGGAGAUGCCAUACAAGUGCGAGCGCUGUUUCCAGACAUUUGCGGAAGAGGAGGAGUUAAACCAGCACGGACUGACACAUGAGGAGAACAAGACCCACCAUUGUGCCCACUGUGACCACAAAAGUUCCAAUUCCAGCGACCUGAAACGCCACAUCAUAUCUGUGCACACCAAGGACUACCCGCACAAAUGUGCAGUGUGUGGCAAAGGCUUCCACCGGCCGUCCGAACUCAAAAAGCACUCGAUGGCUCACCGCACCAAGAAACUCCACCAGUGCCGACACUGCAACUUCAAAAACACCGACCCUUUUGUCCUCAGUCGCCAUAUCUUGUCUGUCCACACCAAGGAGCAGCAGCAGGCCUCCCCCGAAAAAAGUGAGGUCAAGAGGACAGAGACGCCUUCUCCUGUGGCGUCCCCUAAAAAGUCUUCCCCUAGUGCUUCCGCCGCCUCCGGCCCGCCCACUAGAGUAAGUGCAGCCAGUUUAGCGAGCAGUGUGACUGUGGUUAUUGGCAAAGGACAAAAAGAGCGCCGAAUUUACCAGUGCCAGUACUGCGACUACAGCACAGGCGAUGCCUCGGGAUUCAAGCGGCACGUGAUUUCUAUCCACACAAAAGACUACCCGCACCGCUGCGAGAUCUGUUCGAAAGGCUUCCGGAGACCGUCGGAGAAGAACCAGCAUAUCCUGCGCCACCACAAAGACGUGGUCCAGGCAGAGUGAUAAGACGGACCAUCAAACUCUCACCACUCACGUGAAACAAUGUGGAGUGUCUGCUGCACAUAGCCUGUCCUGUUGUUUACAGUGAACCCCCGUUUUUCAUGGGUACAAUCCAGAUCCACCCGUGAGGUGAAAAUCUGUGAUAUAGAGACCAUAUAAAGUUUUAGUUUAGGUUUUAGCUCACUUUAAACACACUUGAACGUAUUGAUACACUUUUUUUUACUCCUAAGCGCUUGUUCUCACUGUCAAAAAGUGGGAGGCUAUCGUAUAACAUCACUUUGUGGAAACACAAAUAAAUCUCGCUCGCACGGUUCUCCAAGUAAGGCAAAGCAUGCUUGUUUCAAGAUGUUUUUUGUCACUUCCAGUUGACGUUUACUGUAAAAUUGACACAUAAAACAACAGAGAAUUAAACAUUGUAUAUUUAAACACCAAAAUUAUCAACCAAAUCAAUGAUUUCUGCUAGCUUAAUGCUAACAUAUACUGCAAAACGCCAUAAACUGGCCAACAGAAAUUAGCCUAGAUGUUUUGAUUAUUGUAAACCUUCUAACUUGUUCUUUAACACCCAUGGAGCAGAAACACAAAAAAACAGUGCAUACAAAAAUACUCAGACGCAUAUAUUUUCCCUCCUUUUUGGAAGAAAUAACUUAUUACAGCUUAAUGGGGACCUUCUCUGCUUCUUCUCAUAAUUACACUGCAUCAACAUCCAGUAGAGCUCAGUGCUGCCCAGGUGGUACUGUACCACACUGAAGGUGCGCAACUCUGAAUUUGGCCAUCCCUGUAUACUGUAAAAACCCCAAAACGAUCAUUUAAAAAUCUGCAAUAUGGGGGGCAGGGGGCGUCCGUAUGAUGAACCGCAAUAUAGCGGGGGUUCACUGUACUUUAACAACCUCAUGUCGCUUUACAUGUAUACACAUGUACAUAACGCCAAUGCUCUUGGGGAGCAGCUGAACUCUCUGUAGACUUGCACUUUUAACUGCAUGUUCCAUGCUGGGGAGGGGGGAAGUUUGCAUGGCAGAUAGUGCAUAUGUCUGUUUUUGAUACACUUGUUUUUAAUUUUUGCAUACAGCAAUCACAAAGGUCCUCAUUUCAUGUCUCAAAAACCAAGUGCAAGUGCAUCUCCGAGUCCCAGUGUACUUAACAGAGCAGUGUGGAUUAGGAACAUAUUUGCCGUAGCACUUGACACUUGGGUGAAGGUGAAUGCCAAUUAUGUGCGAUUUGACUUAAAGCAUCUUUUUUGUUUCCUGAUGCUGAAUCCUCCACCUCUGGAACACAGUAGCUUGUGUUAUGUGACAUUUACACAAGGCUACUUGUGUAUAUAGCACACAGAUGAGGAACAAACAAUCAUUCUGAGUUAAGGACACAAACUUGUGCAUUCAUGGUUAAGUAAACAAAUUGUGCAAAUUGCAGCCAGUCAUUGUGGAUCAGAAAGUGCUCAAAGCAGUAAUAAUAAUCGGACAGUAUUUUUAAAUAUACCAAGGAGAGAAAUCCCCGUAAUUCAAAAUGCCUAAAUGUUCUGACUCAUAAUUAUUUCUAAAAAAAAAAAAUAAUAAUAAUAAUACAAAAAUCGUUUUUGUCAAGUUGUCUAUGAACAACAUUUGCAACUGGCACGUUAUAUUGUAGAAAUAGCCUAAUUGUCCGAAGUCUUUUUUUUUUUUUUUUUCCACCAACACACAUUGCUCUUACCAGAAGGGGGAAAAAAUGUAGAUUUUUUUUUAUUUUUAUUUUAUUUUUUUUAUUUUUUUUAGAAGUAACUUCAGAAGACAGGUGCUUGUGGUGUACUUAUACAUAUUUCCUUUUUUCCACCCUGUGAUUGUUUUUUUAAUAUUUAUUUCAUUUACAAGUUGUAUAGUUAUGUGUAACUAGACUUCUAUGGGACGUAAAUUAUUGUUUUGUAUACAAAUCUGUAUAAAGCGUGUAGUUGUAAACACUUGAUGAAAGUGAGCUGUGUCAUUCUGGUUGUAUGUCGUAUUUGUUAAAAAACAAAAAAAAAAGGUAAUAAAAAAAAAAAGUAUUUUA